GGAGCAUACGUAUGUUUUGAAAUGUGUCUCUGGGUUACAUGUGCGGGUGUGUAAUGCAAAUACGUAUUUACGAUAUGUUAUUCUUAAAUAUAUUUCAAAUAACCUGCAAAAAGUAUUUUUCUCAUUCCUUAGUAGUUCAUAUGGCAAUUAGAAAAUCAUUUUGAUGCAGGGGCUUCUACAUUAGUCUCUCUUUUUUAUUAUUAUUGGGGACUGACUAGUUAAUAUGGAUCAAGAAGAAGAACACAUCAAUACCCUUCAGAGUAUGGGAUUUAUUGAUGUUGAAGAAGUUAGAAGAGCACUGCGCUUAAGCAAAAAUGACAUUAACGAGGCUGUUGCUAUACUUACAAAUGAACGAAGUAGUAGUUAUCUAUUUUCUGAUCGUGAUGUCGAAAUGAGAGAUACCGGUACUUCUUCCAGUCUAGUUGUUUCAGGUUGUGCUCCACCACCCUACAUUCAGGGUGAAGGAAACGUGCAACAGAAUGAAGGUGAUGUAAAUUCUUUGGAGUUUCCUACUACGCACUUAUAUGAAUUGGAGAGCCGUGUGUUCACAGAUCAUUGGUCUAUACCAUACAAGAAAGAAGAAUCGCUUGGAAAAUGUUUGAUAAGUGCCACACACUUAUCUAGAGAAGGUAUGUUAGGAUAA